CGGGCCUGGGCUGGGGCCUGGGCUGUGGCAGGAAGCCGGAAGCAGCCGCGGCCCCAGCUCGGGAGACAUGGCAGGCGUUAAAGCUCUUGUGGCAUUAUCCUUUAGUGGAGCUAUUGGACUGACUUUCCUCAUGUUGGGAUGUGCCUUAGAGGAUUAUGGCGUUUACUGGCCCUUGUUUGUGCUCAUAUUCCAUGCCAUCUCUCCCAUCCCCCACUUCAUCGCCAAAAGAGCUACCUAUGACUCUGAUGCAACAAGCAGUGCCUGUCGGGAACUGGCAUAUUUUUUCACUACUGGGAUUGUUGUUUCUGCCUUUGGAUUUCCUGUUAUUCUUGCUCGUGUAGCUGUGAUCAAAUGGGGAGCCUGUGGCCUUGUGCUGGCCGGCAAUGCAGUCAUUUUCCUUACAAUUCAAGGGUUUUUCCUUAUAUUUGGAAGAGGAGAUGAUUUUAGCUGGGAGCAGUGGUAGCAGUGUAUUCUGACAAAAUGCAUUUAAUUUCUCAGAAUUCAUACUAUAUGUAUAUGUGCACAAAUGGCAUUUUACUACAAAAUUUAAUUUGCUGGAUUUUUUUAAUACCUUUAUAUCAUGUUCACUUUAAGGAGGACUACAUGGAAAAAAGAUCAUUUUUACUAAGAGCAAAUAGAUCUCUCCUUUUUUUUUCAGGUUGAAGCUAUCUUACUUGUUUGGCAGUUCAUAUAGUCAUGGUGCUCUCAGAACAUCUGUUCAGUCUUACAGGCUUGUUCGCUUUCACAUGCUUCCAUGCCUGUCCUGUCAUGAACUUGUAUCAGUAGAUACCACUGGAGUCGGUCUCGUUCUGCUUAGGAUUUCCAAGAUACACAGUGGCCCAGACGGAGACAGGUGUCACUUUGUGUUCUAUAGACCCUUGGUUCUCACCAUGUGGUCCAUAGGCCAAGAGCAUCAUCCACAUCUCUAGGAGCUUAUUAGGAAUGCAGAAUCCAAGGCCCCAACUUGGUCCCAGAGCAUUUUGACGAAAUGCCAGGUGAAUUAUGGGCACAUUGAGAUUUGAGAAGCAUAGUCCUAGCGGAAUAAGCUUCUUUCUUAGCUUCUUUGUCAUCUCCUUGACUUAAUCAUUUACAUCUUUGGGAAUUAGCUGUUCAUUUGUGAAAAUUGUGUCAUCUGCCCUCAUGUUGUGCCUGAAUCCAGACUCUGUGAUAUUUGUAAAAUGUCCACUUGUAUAAUAUAUAGGUUUAGAUCCUCAAGUUUGUGAAGUGUUGUCAGGAAGGAACAGCUAUGCCUUUACACUGUAUGAAAGGCAGGGACUGUUUUCAUAGUGCUGGGGUACAGAAUAAUGAGCCCCACUGGUUGCAGGGAGGAAAGCUAGGCUGGAGCCACUUCCUACUUAUGCAGAAUGGGGAAACAUAGAUAGGUGUUAACUGUCCCUUUAUUAUCUGACACUCCCCAGCUCCUCCCCUGUGCUGUGCCCAAGUGCCCCCCUUUCGUAACUACCCCCCCCAAUCCAGCAGUUCUGAUGUUCCUUUACUUCUUCAUGGAGCUGGUCUCUCCUUUCUGUAGAGACACAGAGCCAAGUAAGCAAGCAGAGGGUGGUGAACCGCUCCAUUUUAUUUACAUGUUGAUGGAGUUAUCUGUCUUUCAUAUCCAGUAGGACACACACAUAUAUUUUACAUCUUUAAAUGAAUCAGUGGGAAUAUAUAUCAUGUGGACUCCUGUAACCACAGUUUUUCUAGCAUAAUUGUUUUGCCCAAGACUUAUAGAGAAAGGAAAUAUGGGGAGUAGAUUAGAAUAUAAAUGAUUUUUGAAGCAUUAUCAAUGUAUGGUAACUGACCUGUUCAAAACACCAAACUUUUGAAAUUUGUAAUCUGAAUAAUUAGCACCCCCUCAUCAUAUCCUAGAAUGAUACUGUGACCAGAAGAUAAAAGUGAUACCCAAAAGGAUAAUGUACAAAGUUAUAUUUUGGUCUUGUGAGUGAUUAUGUUUUCAACAUUCUAGGUACAUGUGUAAUUGUUAAAGUUGUUAUUGCCAAUAUUUAUACUAGAAGUAUUAUAUGGACACUUUAUAGUUUUAACCAGCAUUUUUAAUAGCACUUGCACUUACAAUGUUGUAAUAAAUUUCACUUUUA